AUGCCCUUUGGGGAGUGUACGGUGACCUUGGAGGACGUGGCCUAUCAGCUGGGUUUACCGAUUGAUGGUGAGCCUGUGAGUGGCUGUCUUAGUGAGUUUGAGAAUUUCAUGGAAAAUGGAAGACCGGCAUGGGUGUGGUUCCGCGAGCUGUUUGGGGAGUUACCUCCGCAGAAUAAAGUGAAGCAGAUGACAGUGUGCUACACAUGGUUCCAUGAGCGGUUUCGGGUUUUGCCAGCAGAUGCUACUGACGACAUCAACGCCAACCGUGUCCACCUUCGCUGGUUGCCUUAUGUGGCAUCGUUGGAUGACUUGGGUAGAUAUAGCUGGGGCUCGGCCGCGCUGGCGUGGUUGUACAGAUGUCUUUGUCGUGGAACAAACAGAAAUGUUGUCAACUUGGCUGGGCCACUACAGCUUCUACAGUCUUGGAUCUUCUGGAGAUUUCCUUGUCUGAGGCCUAGUGAUUUCAACAGAUUCGGCUUUCCACUUGCAUCCAGGUGGGCUGGGUAUCUACCGAGGAACGAUGCAGUAGAUCAAAGAGUCGUGGCUGCACGCCUUUGUUUGGAUAGAUUGCGUGUGCAUGAUAUCGUGUGGGAGCCCUAUUCCUCUCCGGAUGUCUUAGCUGUUGUUCAUCCAGAGAUACUACUUGACGAGCACCGCAGGCUAUGGACGGCAGUUACCAGUCUCAUCUAUUUUGCUGCGAUUGAGUGGCACCAGAUGGAUAGGGUUAUGCCUCAGUUCGACGGGGUUCAGCAUCUCCCUCGUUUGGCUCUUAACAUAGAUUGGCUUCAUGCGAAGGACGGCAGGGGUGGAGAUAGGUGGUUCCCCUUCUAUUAUAGGGAGUGGCAUGAGCACUGGCAGGAUCGACAUGCCACAGUUUUACUGGUUGACCGAGUCGCUGAUCCCGGGCCAUCAGCUGAGUACCUGGACUGGUGGUGUCGUGUAGCCCAUAGAUUUUUAUCCCCGGAGGUUGCUUUUCAGGAUCCCAGGCCUAUUGUGUUGACUGAGGAGGCUCGUCACAGAGGGUCAUCACAGGCACCUCCGAUGGUGCAGGUUGUCGACAGACCGGACAACCGCCGCGUGGACCGGCGUAGGCGUAUCGGCACACGUACUACGGAUCGAGAGUGGCGUUGGUUGGCCGACCACUUAGAGGAGGAGCAGGUUGUUGGUGAUCAUGGAGGUGAUGUUGAUCAUCGUGUUCCUCAACGUAGGGCCAGAAGACAUGGUCAGCGGGAUGGUGGUGGGCGGGCCCGUGGUAGAGGACCAUCCGGAGACUAUCACAGUGGUCAGCAUGCUGUUGGUGAGGACAUUGGUGGUGUGGCCACAGGGAUGGAUCAGGGUACGUUUGAGGUGGGGGGUUCUUCUCAGAUGUUCCAGAGUGGUGACACCUAG